CGAGAAGAGGAACGGACCUGAAACGAAUUCCUCCGCUAAUUCGUCGGGCGCUGAUUUCUUUCCAGUCUUUUAAUGAAGAAAAUAUUUACAAACUUGUUGAGUCAACAUUUAAAUUUCUUGAGUUGAGUGGUGCACUAGAUCCUAAAAGUUCUUUUUGGUAUUUUCAUGAAUUAAUAUUUACAACUUGCUCAAGAGUUUAUCCUCGAGAUUUUGAAGGUUAUUAGAUGCAUUCUUUGAAGAAUGAUCUACGAUAUUAUGCCGAUCAUGUGGUUCAUAGUAAUGAAUAUGAUGUUUCUUACUUCGCAAAAUUACUAGAGAUGCUAGUGGAAACUGGAAACAGAGAUGGAUACACAAUACAAAUUGAUUUGUCGGUUGAUUCGUCUAAUGCAUACCUAGCUUGUUUCAAUAGCUACUAUUGAGAUAACAUUUUAUGCAAUGAAACAUAUGAAAACUUAUUUACGCAACAAAAUGAGCGAUGAAUUUCUCUCUGAUUGCAUAACUAUUUUCUUUGAGAGUAUGCUAUUUGUAUGUACAAUUGACAUUGUAAUGAAAACUAUAGUCAUCAUUUAUUUGUUGUUUACAAUAUCUAAUUUUCUAUUCAAAUGCGGCACAGUGCUCUACUAUGUCAUGCAUCCGCUGUUGCUCAUAAUGGUUCAGGCCCAUUACUACACCUAUUAAGUCCCCCCCAUAAUGCACCCCAUAAUGUGGCUUAAAACUUUAUAAGUGCACUACUCAUCUCAUAAAGGUGGAGAAUCCUAGAGGCAUCUCUAUAUUUAUAGUCUUUCAUACACGCGCGACAUGUACAGAGCAUCAUAUGACAAUACUCAUCCGUACCCAACUCAAUGCAAGCGGGAAACCAAUCCGUUUAAUUUUUUUGUUCCUAUUUGAGGAAACCCUAUAUAAUCUACAGUAACAUUUAUAGUGGAAACAUAAAACUGCCACCACCAUUCAAAAAUCUCUGCAUCUGGAGUGAUUUUCGGAGCUGACGUGGCUGGCAACUGAUCGGAACCGGCUUCCAGUGUUUUGCAAGCCAAAACUACAAUUGUGGGCCUAGCUAUGAUUUUGGGCACUUAUCUUCCUCCAUGGCGGCCAAUCCAUUUAUGUGUUUCAUCUCCACCCAGGACAAAACGACAGUUCCAGCAGACGGUGGUUAGAGGGCGUCCGGGUCGUUCACGUCGCCCCAAAUCUGCUACCGAAUCAGUAUUUCUCGGAGAGGCCAGUAUCCCUUCCCCGCCGUGUGUAUUACCUCUUCAGUGUUGGUGCCGUUCCGGAGAUUCAGUGUCGGCGGGUGUAAAAUUCAGAGGUGAUUUUUCUCAUAUCUACGCCGUCUCAUCCCCCGCAAAAGUAAUAUUCUUUCCGACGCCGCAAUUGCCAUCCGCCCUGAUUUUGAAACUUGCAACGAUGGAAAUGAGCAGCUGAAGGAGAUGUCGUUAGCCGUCCAAUGUCCGCCCGGUAAUGAGCAGGAACGCCUUGGAGCCGAUCUCACAGUACCUUCCAAACCGCCCCUGUCAUUUCUUCAUCUUCAUCCCCAACUACCAGCAGCAAGACGAACUCACACAACCUCCCCCGCCGUCGUCAAAUUGCUUUCGACAAACUGAGGAGGGCCUCUCUCUUAUUCUCCGUUCCAACGAUGUUAGAGACUGCCCCUUCAAGCCUCCCAUCCGAUUACUAUGAUUAGCAGUUCGAAUCCCGCCAUGACGUUCUCACCACUGCCUCCGUUCAUCGCCUCUGCAAAAGCAUCGGCCUACUACAAAAUUCUUCUGCUUCCAAUUGGGGAAAACCGACAAUCCCAUCGCGAUGUUCUCGGCACUGACUCCAUUCAUCACCUCGACAAAAGCUUCGUCCUGGUAUACAUGUCUUCUUUUUCCUUAUUGCAAGCACUGUAAAAAUCUAGAUCCCUAUGGAAAGACUUAGGUAAAGCAAUGGCCAAGACGAGAUAGAGGUUGGUGAAAUUGAUUGUGGUGCCAACAUAUCAGUAUGCUCAAAAGUGGACAUCUACUCAUACCCAACGUUUAAGGUCUUUUAUGAAGGAGAAAAGGUUGCUAAAUACCAAGGUAAGUUGAACAUUCCAACGUCUCACUAAAAUCUCAUACACUUUGAUCAGAAUUGUGUGGCAGAUCAUUAGUAAAAAGGAUUGUUGUGUUUGGUCUUUCAAUUUUUUGACGAUGUUCCCUACCAUCAUUCUGUUGAUAUGCAAGAAGGUAGGGCGACGUUGCGCAAGAAGGUAGGGGUUUGGGGAGGGAGGACGGAGAAGCAGGUUAGGCUGAUAGGGUUUUGGCUGUUGGGGGUCGUUUUGGGCGGGAUGGUGCGGGGUCGUUUUGGGCGGAGUGCGGGUCGUUUUGGAAUAAAGGGGAAGAGGUCGGUUAGCCGGUUAAUCAUCGGUUUCCGAUCACGGUUAAUCGGCUAGCCGAGUCUCUUCCCCUCUCCUCCGACAACCGACCGCCGGCAUUUGAGGACAGUUUUCGGUUAGUCAAAAACCGAUCGGUUCGAUCGAAACCGUUAAGUUAACUGCAAACCGAAAACCGUUCUGCCACCCUAGAGCCAGGGGCAAUAAUUCAUUUUAGACCAAUCCAAACAUCAAAUAUUUAUUCUUAAUCAUGGUGGGUUAAACUCAACGAACUCUUUUAGUUUUUUCCUAUCUCCCUUGGCUCCCUUUCAAUUUUUUAUGUUGUUGUAAAUUUGAUAUUCUCUUUCACCAAAUUCUCCAAAUGGAGCAGCUUAGAAUGACUCUUUUACCAAAUAUAUUUAUUCUUAAUUUUUCAUCAUGUAGCUAAAGUGUGCUGACACGCCAAAACACAACACCAAUCUGCGACCAAGUGUAAUCGCAGACCGGGAAUGCAGUAACAGGCAAGUUAUAUUAUCAACCCGGGCUCUAGAUCUACUGCUUACUCAGUGAUUCUCUGUUAUCUAGCCAACUAGAGUAAGUGAUUGUUGUUUAAACUGAAAGCAGAAAUAAAGCAGGAAAUUAUUCGGUUUUCUUAAGCAGGAAAGAGUCACUCGGGAAUGAAUCCCCGUAGCUCCUUAGUUAGGUUCAAUUGCAAUUCCCUGGGUUGAUUUACUGUUGAUUAGACUGCGGAAGAUCCGACAGUAGCUUGGAAUCUCUUAAGCUGACCAAGCCCUCUCAGUCUAACUACCCGGCAGACGACUAGUCUUCACCGGGAUAGAAAGCUGAGGCUAUGAACACAGAACUCCACUACUGGCGCCAAGAACACCAGUACAAAGCAGUAAACUGGCUAACUCUCGUAUAGCCAACCUCCUACUAUCGAAUGAAGAGGCUCUAACAACCUAAUCAGAUUCUAUCUAUCUCAGGUUGAAGCAGAAAUUGAGACAAGCUGAUCAGACUCAAAUCAAUUCAUGAAACAUGCAUCAUUCGAUUAAAAUCAAACAGUAGUAUCAUCCCAAGUCAUUACAAUCUAAUCCCUAACACAAGGAACUAGGGUUCUUCAUACCCAAGUUAGAGAAGGGUUCUACUCCAUAGAGAGAGAAAAGAAAACAGUAAUCGGAGUAGUCAUACUCAUAAUGAUGAGGAAAAUCUGCUCCGGGAUGAUGAUUUCCACUCCUAGGACGAUCUCCAAGCUUGAAUUGAUGAAAUCCAGCUCCAAGAUGGCUUCUAGGGUGAGUUCUUCGUUCUUUCUCUCUCUAGGGCUCUGUUUUUGCUCAAAAGGUCCGAUCCCCCCACUUCUGGCUCGGAUUAGGCUUUAAAACCGGGUUUUCCCGAGUUGCACGGCCAGGGUGCACGGCCGUGCACCUCACCAUUCUGGCCGUGCACCCUGAAACGCAGCGUAUCCCUUAAGUCGAACUCAGGCUUCUUGCACGGCCAGGUGCACGGCCGUGCAAUCUUCAGGGCUUGCCCGUGCAGCUCCUCGGCAUGAGGCGCACGGCCAGCUUGCAACCGUGCACGGCCGUGCAGCCCCCCUGGUCUGCCCGUGCAGCUCCCAAAAACCUCGCCACUCGUCCGUUCUUCGUCCAAUCGACCCCAGACUCGCUCCUAAGCCUUCAUUCACGUACUAGGACCUGAAAUAUCACAAACAAGCACAACCUAGCGUGAAAUCGGCCUAAAACACGAGAAUCAACACCUCAAACGGUGUAAGAACGGGGGUAAAAACAUGUGUAAAUGACGGUCUAUCAAACUCCCCCACACUUAACCGUUUGCUUGUCCCCAAGCAAACCAAGUCAGACACUAGGUAAGCUUACAUAUUUCAAUCAACCAACAUUGGGGACAAGUCAUAAAGGCACAGAACACGU